AUGAAGGUCAAUAGGACAAUGGACCAACAAAGAACAAUACAUCGUGGACAGUUUGUAGCAGACUGGCCAACAUAUGCAGUUGACUGGGCAGGCGAUGUAUAUGGUUGUGUACUUGUUGGUAGUUUUGCAGAUGAUGGAACGAAUAAAAUUGAAAUACUGCAGAUGCAACCAACGCAGCUAGUACACAGUAUAGCUACAGCACAGCUUAAUUAUCCAGCAACACAAGUACAAUGGGCGCCUCAUAAAAUAACGGGAAGGGACAGUGGAAAUAUACCUUUUAAUCUCUUUGCAAGUACUGGAGGUGCAUUUCAAUUAUGGAGUAUUGAAGAUGGUGUCGUUUCUGCUUUAGCAAUGCUUAAACAGAAAAAUACGAAUGUUUUAAAUGAUGUAGAAGGUUCAACAGCACCGACAACAUCAAUGGAUUGGAAUAUAAUACGGAGAGAAAUAGUGGUAACAGGAUCAGUAGACACAACAUGUGUCGUUUGGAAUGUAGAAAGACGGAUAGCACAAGCACAGUUAAUUGCACACGACCGGGAAGUGUUUGACGUGGCAUUUCUUGCACGAAGUGCAGAUGUCUUUGUCAGCACUGGUGCUGAAGGCAGCCUCCGUAUGUUUGAUCUACGGUCGCUUGAACAUUCAACAAUUCUUUAUGAAGCAUCAUCAAAUGGGUCUCUUCCACUGUUGCGAGUAAGUGCAAAUACCCAAGAUCAACAUUUUGUUGCUACAUUUCAUCUUGAUUCGAAUACUGUACAUAUUAUCGAUAUUCGAUUCCCUGGUGUACCAUUGCUUAAUUUAGCUGGUCAUGAGGGAAAUAUUAAUUGUGUUAAAUGGGCACCAGGAAGCCGAAAUAUUUGUUCUACGGGAGGUGAUGAUGGACAAAUACUAAUAUGGAAUACAACAGAGAAUGGUACGUUAUUUGAUGCAAAAACAUUAGCUUUAUAUGGAAAUAUGAAAAACAAUACAUGUAGACAACUUAAUGAAUCUAUUUUUUUUUGGAGUGCAGAAGCCGAAGUUAAUAAUUUAUGUUGGUCUAAUGAUGCUGAAUGGAUUGGUGCAUGUUGGGGAAUCAGUUUCCAAGCAUUAAAAGUAUAA